AUGGCCGACAACUCCAGCCAGGGCCUCUUCUCCCGCCGCCCCUCGUUUUUCGGCGGCAAGACCAAGGGACAAGGACACAAGCAAACAAACUCGACCCUCGCGCCGCCCCAACUCAACAUCACCCCCGCGGCCAACCCCGGGCUAAAGACACCCCCUCUCGAGCUCGACCAAUACGAGUUUCCCGCCCGACUCGCAGCGACGCCACCACGACGCAGGCACGCCAGCAGCAGGCACAGCAUCGCCUCGUCCGUCACCGAUCUCGGGUCCACGCUGCGGAGGUCACGGUCCGCCUCGCUUCGCACCAACGCGUCGGCCUCGUCCUCGCAUAAGAGGACCCCCUCGGCCACCCUGGCCCUCGCCUACUCCCCCGAGAAGGCCCCCGUGCCCGCCAGUGUGACGAAUGCCUCGCGGCCCGCCCUCUCCAUAUCCACCUUUUCGCGCAGCAAGCAAAAAAGCAGCGAGAACGUCAAGACCGAGGGUGGCAGUGUGCAGCAACCCCAGGCCCAGGUCUACGAGAAGAGCCCCCUCAGCGCCGUCGACAAGCCCAAGACUCCCUUCGCCAACAUGGCUGUCCCCAUCCCGCUGCGCCAUCCGCCCUCCCAGAAGGAGAUCCUCCAGGCAAACCAGCAGUCCAACCGCACGUUAGCACCUGCCGCCCCCAUCCCCGUCCCCAACGGCUCCAACCCCAACCUCGUCUUCCAGCACAUCCACGAGCUCGCCUCGAAACGCAUAUCCACCCUCGACUACCUGCGGAAGGCCCACGAAGGCCGCAUCUACUGGUUCAACACGCUCCUCUUCUCCAAAACAGACCUCACGCGCCUCCCCUCCUUCACAACGCGCAACCAAGCGCGACGCGCAACCCACUACCUCCUCCUCGGCUUCUCCCUCCCAACGAUCCUCGACCUAAACGCCAACUCCCCGUCCGACUACCUCAAAGCCCUCAACGCCCUCCUGUUAGAAUUCGAACAAUACCAAUCCAUCCACCCGGCCGACGGCUCCACCCCAUCCUCGCUCUCCCGCGCCCGCCUCCCCCAGAUGUUCAAGCGCGCAAACAUGGGCAUGGGAAUGGGCAUGGGCAUGUCAAUGGGCAGUAAAGGCCGGCGGUCCAGCAGCGCGAACGGCGAUUUCCCGCUCCUCACUCCAAGCAACAGUUUCACCGGGUCGGAAACAAGCGGUGGCAUGGGCGGCGGUACGCCUGAGAGUGUGGCGAGUGCGGGGGGUGGGGUGCCUAGUUUGGUGGGGGAUUUGUUCAAUAAAGCGGAUGCGCGCGUGAGGAAGAUUAUUCUUGCGGGGGUUGUGCGCGAGUUUGAGGAUAGUUGUCGGGCGGGGCUUAAGAGUGAGGUGGGAGGUGUGGGGAAGGUUGUUCUUGGGGGGUUGAUGUAG